CAUUCCAAGCACAUCAUCAUGGGUCGCUGGGCAAAUCGAGACAGUGACGAAGAGCGUCUUCCCGAAGGCUUCAAGCGCAUAGGCUACGAUGCCGACGAACAAGUAUACUACUUCAUCGAGACGCACACGGGUGACUACUACAAAAGCUCCCCGGGCAACCGGUUCGGCGUCCUGAGUCCAACGUCGGCUCCCCCAUCCUCGGUCACAGAUGCCGCAUACGUCAGCGACGACCAGAUUAAGAAGGGCCACACGGAGGCCGUGAGACUGAUGCUCCCGUUCGCGCUCCUAGUCCUCUGCGUCUUGUUCCUCCUGUUCAAGUUCGUAUUCAGCAGCGUCGAUGCGGGGGCUGACGGUGGGACCCAGAUUCACUGUGCUGAAGGCUACAAUGCUGUUCAAAUCGCGAAAGGAGAAACCUGCUGGUCGACGGGGCAAGCCUAUGGUUUGGGUGUAGAGGAGCUGUUGGCGAUCGAGGGGAAUCAGUACAUUGAUUGUGACAGGCUGCAGGUCGGCCAGUCGAUUUGCGUCCCUGAAAAAUGAGUCCUUCCGAGCAUCUGGAAGCGAAUGAAGGGAAUUGAUGGCG